AAUUUAUCAUAGCUGGAAAUAAGACAGCACUGUCGGUGUUGAAAAUAAGUAAGAGUGACACCGUAGUGAGAUCCACUUUGCUUCAAGUACAGCGUAGGUUAUACAUGAACACCAUGUUGGUUCGACUUCUUUGUACGUUUGUCCUUCUCGUCGUCCAAGCUAAGGGAAGUUCAAUCAGAAAAAGGUUUGAUAUCCCAUCAGACUGCAAAUUACAGGCUGGUUCCAAUGCUUGCAAUAAGAACUACUUGUGUGGAACAGGGGACGUCAAGACAACACUCUCUGUAGUCUUGUUUUGUCCAAAUCCUGCUUCACAAUUAACAUGUGCUGUUCCACUGGUUCCUGGUGGAUGUGGCAAGCAAAUAUGUCCCUGUGUGGAUCACAAUGGCAAACGGUACAACAAAGGACAGAAGUACAUGUACGGUGAACUGCAAGGCGCUGGCGAACUGUUUGAAUGUACCUGCGACAAUGACAGUAAAUUAUGUGGAGCAGUGUGUGAGCGGUUCCCGUACAAAAGCCAAGACCUCCUCCAACUUUCCCUCCAUUCCCUUUUCCUCCAGGCUUUGGUCGCUAGACGUGUUUAUAGCAGAGCCUCAUAUAUGGACCACCUAGAUGAAGUCAAAGAUAUCCCUACAAGAUGAAAGAAAAUAUAUAACAAAUAUUAUAAUUAAAAACAUAGCUGUACUUGUAAAUAUAGAUAAAUGUGGUGGACUUGAAUUAUCUAA